UCCAUCAACUCAAAUUGCGGGCCAAAAAAUAAAAUUAACUAAAAAUUAUGGAUAAAUAUUGCUACAGUGUAAAACGUUUAUCCAAACUAUAUCCGAAUAAUCCUUUUAUAUGGGAAUUUGAAACAAAUCCAGAUCUUACUCGGCAGAUCUACAAAUAUGACCAAAUAAUACGCGAAGUAAUGGUAUGUUUGGAUAUCUUUCGGAGGGAAAAAAUUAAAUCGUUUACCGGUAUAUCAUUGGAUGUACGGGGGCAUAGCGCAAGGAGCUGCAUAUUAUUAUUAAGUAUUCUCAAUCAUGGAUGUCAUUUCUAUUGCAUAGAUUUCAAAACCACCAAUAAUAUAUCCCAAAAACUUAAAGACAGUGGAGCGGAAUACGUUAUUUCUAAGCACAUCCAAAAUAUGGAUGAAAUUUGCACAACAUAUGCUACCUUCAAGGUUUUAAACCACACAUACUUUAUUGGAACCUUGCCUACAUCCCAAACGAGUAUAACAAGUAAGAGAAAUAUUUGCUAUACCAUAUGCACUUCGGGUAGUACAGGGGAACCCAAAAUGAUUCAUGUACCAUAUGAAUGUAUAUAUCCAAAUAUAAAAUCAUUAUGUUCUUUGCUGAAAAUUAAUGAACAAGAUGUGAUAUUUUUGGGAUCACCACCCACUUUUGAUCCUUUUGUGGUUGAAUUCUUUAUGGCUCUUGAAAUGGGCUCAAGCCUUGUGGUGGCAACAAACACUGCGAUUCGUUUUACCAACAGUGUUCAGCUGUUGGAGAACAUAACAAUCUUGCAGACUACACCUUCUCUUUUUCGCCUACUUGGAAUUCAAACUAUAAGGGAUUUUGUAUUUCAGACAACAAGCUCUUUAAGAUGUUUACUAUUAGGUGGCGAAAAAUUUCCUUCACCACAAGAGAUUCAAUCGUGGUUGCCUGAAAAUUUCCAACAUGAUUCCAAACGAAUUUUUAAUAUCUAUGGCAUAACCGAAUACUCCUGUUGGGCUACCAUACAUGAAUACCAACCCACAGUAUCUUCGAAAUACAUAGAAAAUCGUAUUCCCUUGGGAACCCCAUUAGACGAGGCUACAAUUUUGCAUAUAAACAACGACGAAGGGGGAGAUAAGGAGUCAUUAAAUGGUGUUUGCAAAGGCGAGUUGCUAAUUGGAAGUUCCAUACGUCGUUGUUUUAUUCCCCAAUGUGAUAAAGACAAUGACAAUGACGCAAAUGAGAUAAUUUUUCGUAAGACUGGAGAUUUAGUGGAACGUGAUGAAGGUGGUCAACUGUUUUAUAUAGGACGUAUUAAUAACUGUAUUAAACGCUUGGGAAAACGCAUUUGCCUGGACUCCUUGGCUUCAAAAAUUGAAAAUUUAUCAAAAACCCAAGCCAUUUGUUUAUGGGAUGAACAUCAUACAAAACUAAUAUUCUGCUUGCACUGCGACAAAGAAGACAAGGGCAACCAAUCAGAUACCCAAAAUCUAUUUAAAACUCAUUUAGAGGAUUUUGAGCAACCAGAUCAAAUCGAAUAUGUUGAGCAUAUGCCCUUGAAUCAACAUGGAAAGGUGGAUAACAAAAAAUUAUUAUCAAAGAUUUUGGAAAACCCAGCAAACUACAAGAAAACGCCUUUGAGCGUUUUCCAAAACUUUCUGGAACAAGUCAUGGGUUUUCAACAGGCGCCAGUAACCACAACACAAAUAAACGAGGAAGCAACCAAUGCCAAGCGUAUAAAACGAAAUUUAGAUGUUGGUUUUCUUCAGGCUGGCGGUACAUCCUUUCAGGCUUUAAGUUUAGCCACCGAGAUUGGAGAGCUAAUGUAUAGGCCAGAAGAGCAACGCCAGUUUUUGGAAAUGCUUCUAUCCUCUGAAGUUUCUUUGAUAGAUGUUAUGGAAUUCUUGGAAAACGCAAAGCCCAAUGAGCAGACAACUAGGGAGUAUAAAAUUGAUCUUCAGAGUCUGACCAGCUUAAACGCUGACUACAAAAUAAAAUUCUUAUGGCGUUCUGAUUUAAAAAAAUGUGUUGAUGCUUCACCUACAAUCUUUGAGAAUGAAUACGUAGCUGUAGGUUCCCACUCUCACAUACUAAAGACUUUAAAUACCACAACGGGUUCCGAAAUAACUCACUUGGAAUUAUCAGAUCGUAUUGAGUGUCCUGUGGUUUUUGUUUCUUCAAAUAUGGCCUUAGUUGGUUGCUACGAUGGCUUACUGUAUGGUUUUAACUUCAACACCUCUGAAAUUCUGUGGCAGAUAAGUGUAAACGGUAUGAUAAAGGCUAAGCCAGUUAUAAUGGAUGGUCGAAUUAUACUGGGCUCGUAUGGAGAGGAUUACAAUGUCUAUGCCUUUGAUCUGAGGUCUUUAAAUUGUCUAUGGAAAUUGAAAUUGGGCUCAAAAGGAAUAUUUAGUUCUCCCCUAUGGCUUAGCGAUACCCUGGUCUUAUUUUGCAGUUUAGAUGGGUCCUAUGCCUCUAUCGAUAUCGCCAAUGGUUCUAUAAAAUGGAAAAAGAAACUGGAUUCGCCAAUUUUUUCUACACCAGCUCUAGUUAAAAACCCCAGGAUUGAAGUGGUUUUGGCAGAAGUUAGGGGCAGGGUAAUUAUUUGCAGCGCGGAAAAUGGAAAAGAGAUAACACAUUUCCAAGCGGAUGGCAAUAUUUUCUCCAGUAUAACCUUGCUUCAGAAGGAUUCUUUGCAAAGUACGUUCAUACUAUUCGGCUGUCAUGAUGGAAAUCUGUAUUGCUUGAAAUAUGAUGCGCCACAAAGCCAGAUUCUGUUACAUUGGAAAUUUGCGCUAAAUUCCGCUGUAUAUUCUACACCAGCAUUGGCCUUUGAUAAAAGCAUUGUUGUGGCCUGUUCCAUUAAAGGCCAGUUGGUGCUUGUGGACACAUCGCAGGGACAAAUUAAAGGAUCUUAUGACUUUAAAGCGGAAAUAUUUUCUUCACCUUGUGUCAGUGAUAGUAACUGCAUAUAUGUGGGAGCGCGUGAUAACUUUUUGUAUGCCUUACAAGUGUUGCAAUAAAUAUUUGUGUAUUUGUAAUAAAAGACAAAAUGUAAAACUACAUGCUCAUA